AUGGACACUCUAAUUAAUCUCGUCAACAAACUACAGAAAGCAUGCACAUCCCUAGGCGACUUCGGUGAAGAAUCCUCUCUUCCUACUAUCUGGGACGCCUUGCAUACAAUCGUCGUCGUCGGUGGUCAGGAAUUGUCACUCGGCGUCCUCUUGUUCUACAACUUCAUAAGAUCGAAGAAGGAAAAGAAUAGGCAGAGUUUGCUCACCUUCCACGAAAGUGGUUCACUGAUUUUGAGUGACAGGUUGUACCAAAUAGAUUUCAUCUGUUCCUAUAUAUCUUAUUAUCUAUUCUCCAAAUGCUGUGAACUUACCCUCAUUGAUCUUCCUGGCUUGACAAAAAUAGUUGUUGAGGGGCAAUCUAAUAGCAUUGUGCAAGAUAUUGAAAACACGGUGAGGUCAUACAUUGAAAAGAUGAUGUCGAAUCCGGAAUCGAUAAGAAUGGCGACAGAUAGCAUGAAAUACAUGAAAGUUGAGGACUUCAGGCAUGCUGGAGAACAGUUGAAGUCAACUCGACCAGAUGAGAUGGCAGAGAUUGGUGAGAAAAUGGCCAAUGCAACACCUGAGGAGCUAGCUGCUAUGCACUCCAGAGUAUAUGCACAUUUAACUUAUGAAUUGAAUGCAGCUCAGAUGCUGAAAAAACAGGAAGCUAAUAACCGAAAUAACAAUAUGCUACCACCUCCAUGGGCAAUAGCUGUUAUGUUCAUCCUAGGAUUUAACGAGUUUAUGACACUUUUAAGGAAUCCAUUAUGGAUGCUUGUUAUUUUUGUGGGUUAUCUUCUUUUCAAAGCUUUGUGGGUCCAACUAGACAAAUCCGGAAUUCUGUCUUUAUCCUUGAAGUUUCUUCCUACAGUCACAAAUCUGCUUAGAAAACUAGUCGAAGAGGGGCAAAAGCAUGUUGCAACCCAACCACAAGUAUUAGGGAGUUUUCAAGGGGUAGUUUCGUCAUCUGGAUCAUCUGGUGUAACCAUGGAAAAUGGAAAUGGAACCGAGUACACUAGUCCCACCACACAUGUCAAAGAGCAAUAUGUUCCACCUAUCACUCACAUUCAUUUAUUUGAUCACACACUUGAUGGAAAGUCGGGCAAUGCUUCAAGCGUUUACUUGCCAUCCAGGCCAGGUGGACAGCCGCCCAUGACACUAAGUUCAACAUUUUUACCUGGGUAG